AUGGCCAUGGAUCAAGAAGCAGUGCCGGAAGGGAUACCAUCAUCUGAUUUACCUGUACCACAGCACAUACCCGAACCGCUGGAUGACACGUCCUAUCCAUCGUACGGCGAAGUCCGUGCUUUGCCACAACGUCGUGGUUCACGUCGGGAGGUGCGGACGGAUCGACUGCCCCAGCUGCUCUCGCGGACACGGCGCAUGCAUGCAGUGGAAGAACAGAGCGAGAUGAAUGGCGUAGAAAAGCGAAAACACAAAAUGAGCUUUCCAUUUCGUCGUCGGCAUGGCGAUGCGCGUGCACAGCCUGCGACAGAUUCCAGGGACGAGAAGGAGUCACCGACAGAGACAUACAUGCCCACGCCAUCGGAUCCUAUGGCCGACCAACAUGAUCCUACUGUGGAGGCAGGCAUACGGCGUUCUCGGCAAGGCAUGGCAGUGAUCCUCAGCGGACCGUUGUUGCAAAUCCCUUCUAGUGAAAAUGAAGCCGAUGGUGUGGCGGAGCAGAUUACUGAGUUUUGCUACAAUGAUCCCAGUGCUGACGAUGGUGACAUUGUCCACGAGCUAGGCGACUGGAUAAUGGCGUCGGAAACGCGCAGCAAGGCGGCCGUGCGAGUAUUACGACACCUGCUUAAAGUGCCUAGUGUGCCGGUCCAGUCCCGCGCUGUGCGUGCUUGGGGGGUAUGGACGAUGUUAGGCGGUGGUAACUUCAGUACCUAUGCCGUGUCGCCUACCCUUCUAGCCACCCUGGAAGACUUGCUGAACAAUUCGCUCACGCAUCCGCAGCUGCGGAAAGAUAUUCUGAUGGUCGUCGCGGCCCUCGCCCAUCGAGCACAGCAUAUGGACCGUUUGUACAAGAUUGGGCGGCUUUGGGUACGUGUGCAUCCUAACGAUUUGCCCGAAACUGGCAUCCCUCUAGCUGGCCCCUUGUUUUGUGAUCAGCCUACGGCCCUUACGGACGACACGAUGGAAAACUGUGUGACGGCAGGGGACCGACCACAGGCGCCUGUAGCGCGACAUGCACUGCCGUCGGUUCUGCAAGCCCGGCAGACGCCACCGCGUAGUCGGCCAGAUGGGGUACAUCGACGGUCUCCCCUGCCUCUACCACCAGGGCCUACAGGUGGGCUUUUGGCGGUCCCAUCGUCGCCGCCGUCGUCCACAAGCACAUUGUCCAAAAGCACAUCACGACUUACGAACUUAUCGUCGCACACGAGUGUGUCGUCGCUGGAUGCAGACGAUGAAAAGCAUGUACGUGAGGUUCGACGUGACUGCGAUGUGGCGCAUACCAAUGCCACUAUGCUCAUUCAAGCGUUGACAGUGGAUGAUUUGCAUAGUGAGCGCGUUACAUUGUGCCGCAGCAAAGCGUCGGAGUCGCAUAUGCGUCUGGAAUCGCACCUGGCUUGGGCCACCGUCUGGGCCGAUCGACCUGACGACGACAUACGUGACGAAGCAGAGCGAUUGGUCAACGAUCUCGUCACAUCCCUCGCGCAUCUCGGGGAGGCCUUGACACUGUGUGACGAGGCGCGUAUGGAAGCGGACGCCCUGCAAGCCGGCAGUACGACGUCGCCUACGCUCCCGACAGAUACCCAAGCGGCUCAAUGUGCCUCGCCGGAGAACCCGUUCACCGAGCCGACACAACCCAGCGCCAAGGCCCUCGGCAAGCGGCGCGCGGUCGAAGAAGGCCAUGCACAGGGCGAGAUCAAGCCGCCUUUGCCAGCUGUGCCCUAUAACCAUGAUUUGUAG